AUGGCGUCCAAGACCUGCAUCCUCGUCCUGCUCUUCGUUGCAGCUCUCCAUACCGGGCAUGCUGGUGGCAACCCCGGGCCGUGCCAGCCGGAGGACAUCCGCGUCUCGUCGGUGCUGACGGGGCGGCGGGUCCUGAACGUGCCGCAGCACGAGGUGACGGUGGAGAACCUGUGCUCAUGCCCGCAGAGCGGCGUGGUGAUGUCGUGCAACCUCGGCGAGGUGAAGGCGGUGAUCCUGGACACGACCAAGAUCCGGCUGCUGAACCGGGAGGAUGGGCUGUGCCUCAUCAACAGCGGCUGGCCCAUCUUCAACGGCAAGCCCAUCACCUUCACCUACGCUGCCAAGACGCCGCUCGACUUCACCCUCUAUAACGCCUCGCCGGAAUGCCGGGCGUGAGACACGGUCCAGGCCAAUAUUUUGUUUUUGCGUCGGAGUACUUUCUUUCAUCGAAUGCCCCCAUUUGGCAUGGCAACACCAAAAUGCGCCUGUUCCUUUGUGUGUAUCAUUUCUCAUUGCCUACAUUCUUCAUGUCCCUCCUACGCACCCAAGCAAUUAUUCUGUAGUCCUAUCCAUCCCAAUAAACUGGUAUUGUGGUUGCCUUGAUAUCAUUUACAGGAUGAACUGCUUCUAUACGAUGUUUUUUAUGCACGCAACAGAGUACCUUGUUUUUCAAUGAUUUGAAGACGCUAACCACAUUUGCCACGUCUCGUUUUUUAGGGUUUCGUUUGUCAUGAUGAUGAUCGGAUGGUAUUAAUGCGUAGUUAAAAUUUUGUGAAUUGAG